AUGUUUAUUAAUUGUGUGACCAUUUUGGUCAUCAUUCAAUGUCUACAUCAUACCAGUGCUGAUCAGCCCUGGUUUUUCGACUCAGAUUUUGCAGCAGACAAUAGUUCAGCCACUGUUGAAAGCAAAGACUUUAUGACAAUCGACGCAAACAAUACUUCCGAUGACUUAAACCAAACUGAUUUCGGAUAUUCCGGCAGAAGUGCUAAAUCAAUGGAUUUUAGUGAUCGGGAACGGGAGCCCAGAAUCAUCAACGACAAAGAGCUAUCAAUUAAAGGGUUCAUCCCAAUCGUGGGCUUCAAUAACGACAAACACGACUCCGAUCCGGAAGACAAGCCAACUAAAGACGACUACUUUGAUUACCAACGCUAUGCUAAUCCUGAAACCCAUUCAAAGCCAUCAUCGAGUAACCAGAACCAGAAACACGUGCCCACUGCCGAAGAUCAGAGGUUUAUUGGGGCCGCACUUCAAGGUCUGACAGCAAGUUUUGGGGCCAAACCGUUAAGAAGGAAACAGGGAUACGAGUCACACAUUCCCAACAGUUUGGUUCCCAUUGGCAAUCCCAAUGAUGACUGCGUUUGUGUCCCCUUUUAUAUGUGCAAAAAUGGUUACUUAGUUGAGGCCAAGAGUGGUGGUUCCAAAUCAGGGAACAUCCAAACGGCACAAUCAAUCAUAAGCCAGUUGACACUCCCGGCGCCCGUCAGUAUCACUAACACACGAAAGCAAGCGAAACCUCAGGACCAACACCAAUACCAACAGUACCUUCCCAUCGAUGAGCGAAGUACUGACGAUCUCUUGGCUAAUGCUAAUGAACAGUCAUUUUCUCAGUCAUAUUCGCAUAAUAUUAAUAAUAAUACUGCCCCUCAAUAUGCGGAUGAAGUGUUGGCCCGUAUGUUAGGCGUGCGAUCGGAGGGUUGUGGCGUUUUGCGGACCUGUUGUCGGGCGCAUCCCAUCCCUGAGUUCGAUAUCCCUGAUUUCCAACCACCAGUGGGUCCCUAUCCGGGCGGUCACUACCAGAUACCCGAUAACAACGACUUUAUCAAAAGAUUUACAAAUCCUUAUCAGCCAAAUGUUCAACAAAUUCAAGAUUAUAUCAAACCUCAGAGACCGCAUAAAUAUGACUUUCCUACUCAACCACAGCGACCCUCAAUUCACCCGCUGACAGCCUACCCCUCUCAAGUAGUUCAAGCGAGUUAUGACUUCUCCCCGAAACCUUUAAGUCCAUUGAAUCCAAUUCAAGAAUAUACAAACAUACCGACCCGUCCUUUCAGUUCCCAAAUACCAGUUCCGCUUAAACCCAAUAAUUAUCCGUCAAUUCAGCCCUUAAGGCCAGAACCAGUGCCCGUAUAUCCCGGUCAUAGGCCUCAGUUCGCCGCUCACUCUAUUGAUAGUAUAGGCGGCGGUGGUUAUGGUGUUUGCGGCAAAAGACAUGCCGUAGGAAUUCACGGAAGGGUACAGAAUCUUCAAUACCACGAGAGCUCCACCGAGUUUGGAGAGUUCCCGUGGCAGGUGGCCAUCCUUAAGAGGUUGGGACCGGCCGACAGUCUCUAUGUUUGCGGCGGUGCUCUCAUUGCUCCCAAUUUCAUCGUAACUGCGGCUCAUUGUCUCAAAAAAUAUAGCCCGCAAGACCUGAAAGUAAGACUCGGGGAAUGGGAUGUUCACCGGGAGGACGAGUUUUAUCCAUAUGUGGAGAAGUUUGUGGACGACAUUAUAGUGCACCCGGACUUCUUCGCGGGCAGUCUACUGAACGACAUCGCACUCAUUAGACUCGACUCGCCCGUCGAUUUUAGACACUCACCGCAUAUCGCACCGGUAUGUCUGGCCGACGCGCACGAGCAGUACGCGGGCCACCGAUGUUUUGUGAGCGGUUGGGGAAAGAACGCGUUCGGCCAUCAGGGAGAGUUCCAGAGUGUGCUCACCAAAGUG